CGGAAGUUGAACGUCGACGAGUGCGUGACGACGGGAUGCAAACCGGCAACUGCUUCCGAUGCAAUCAAAACGGCCACUGGAUCAUCGAUUGCCCUCUCAAAUCCAAAUCCAAUGAUGAUCCUCCUCCACCGUGGAUCCACUGCCCUUGCGGCGGAGGUCUCUGCGAUAUCAAACUCUCGAACACUCACGAGAAUCCCGGAAGAAGAUUCUACAAGUGCCCUGCUGCUCAGAAGUGUACAUUCUUCAAGUGGUGUGACAAAGUAACUGAAGAAGAUAUCAGAUUCCGCCCUGAUUUCACUAUCCCUGAUUGCCCCUGCGGUUCUGGACCUUGCCGGAGAUCCGUAUCCGGUUCAGGACCCGAUGCGGGUCGAGCUUACUUGCAAUGCGGCGUCAGGAAGGGUUUUGGGGCGUGUGGGUUCUUUAAGUGGGUGGAUGAUGUAGCUGAUGAGGUGGAUUUUUGGGUGGAAGCUGAUUUAGUUUUGAGUGAUGUGGAAAGCAGCUUCCUUGCUGCUGCUGGUGUACCGGAGAAUGCAGAGGAUGAUUCCUCUGUUUCUGAUGUACAUUCUGCUGCUGGUGUGAACCAAGGUGUCCUUAUGUAUGAUACGGCUGUGAUUGAACCUGGAGAGAAACUACAUGGUGAUUGUGCUGUUUCCAAGCUGAGUGUGGAUGAAGCAACGAGUUGUUUGGGGAGAGAUACUACUGUCUCUAAUGGUUCUGUUGCGAAACGUGAGAUGACAUGCUAUGAGCAAUUUGGUGAAGCUGAGUGGUCAUUCCCCAAUUUGGAGGACCUGAUGGAGCAAUACAACUCAGAGAAGGUUCAGUUUGAGAGUAUUUCAGGGAAACAUGCACAAGUGUUGAGUGCGUUUAUGAGUUCAUACAGUCGAUUAAGGAUUCUCCAUGAGAAAACUAGUCAUCUGAGGAAGUUGUUAGUUGAGACGGAGAAGGAGAUGGCUUGUUGCGAGGCUGAGACGUUAGAGCUUGGAACGAAUUGCCGGGAAGUGGCUGGAGAAAUGGCUGACUCUCAGAAUAGGAUGCAGGUGAUGGCAGUGAUACUAGGAGAUGAAGUGGAAGCAUUGAAGCAGAAAGAGUUCGCUGUUAUGAAGAGGAGAAGAAGAUGCUGAUGCUUGAAUGUGAGUGUCUUUGUAAGUGUAGGAAUGUAACUAUCACUUGUUACACUUAUUUUUUAACCAGAUAAUUAAUGAACUUGUUUUAACUCCUUAAAUCCAAC